UUUUAUUUUCAAUUUCAUUUUUUAUAAAUACUUAAAGCAUUUUUGUAUUAACAGGAGCUCUUGCAUAUAAAGAAAUGUCUUCCUUUUACUGCCAGAUCCUCUUCAUUACAGUGUUGUCCACUGUUUUAUGCACAUCAGACGCUUAUUAUUAUUGCGAUAAACAGAAGGAUAUAUGCGGGCCCAACGAACAUUUUAUGUGUAAUUUUGAAACCGUGCCUCGUGGAGGUGAUUUAAUGCAUUUAGCGCCAAUGACGAACAAACUGAAGCGUUUAGUUGUGGAUAAUCAUAAUAAAUAUCGCAAUAUAUUGGCCUCCGGUGAACAAGUAUUUGGCAAGGAGAAUAAGAAAUUUCCAAAAGCGACGCGUAUGCGUGAGGUACUGUGGGAUGAUGAGUUGGCAUAUAUAGCCGAAAAGCAUGCGGCUCGUUGUCACAUGAUGCAUGACAAAUGCCACUCCACUGAACGAUUUCCGUUUUCCGGACAAAAUCUCUAUAUAAUUGGUGGCACUAAAAUGUUUACCGACAUCGAUUUUAGAAUAGUACAAUCAAUUGACUUGUGGUGGGCCGAGUGUGAGUUGGUAGGAGAUGGCAUAUCAUUGGUGGAAAAAUUUCCUGGUUCGGAAGAUUUUCAUGCAACCGGACACUUCACAGCAAUGGCCAAUGAGCGAGCAGCAUUUGUCGGUUGUGGUGCUGCUUUGUGUCAGAAUUGCACUUCUGGCAAAUAUUGCCUGGAAAUCUCCUGCAAUUAUUCUCUUACUAAUAUGCACGGUACCUAUAUGUAUAAGGCAGGCGAUUCAUCAGCAUCCGAAUGUGAUUAUUUCGAAACUACGCCGAGCGUUAAAUAUCCACAUCUAUGUAUAAAUACAGGAAAUUUAUUUACUUUGGAAAAAUUUCAUUGAGAGUGAAAAAAAUUUAAGAGAGCUGAAAAAACUGCAUUCAAGGAAAUAUAUUAAAUAAAGGUAAUAUAUUUUAUAUAUGUGCAAAAAUAAUAAUAAUUCUGGUCAAAAGAGAGAGGGGAAAAUUUCGAAACGUCAAAAGAACUGGUAUAUUAUUAGUAUU